AUGGCCGGGGGCAGAGGGGCACCGAGGCUGGGGUGUGCGCACGGGCGGAGGAACGCCAUGGCUGGUUGGAGGGGCGCCAAGGACGGGCGGAGGUGCGCACGGGGAGGAAGAGAAACGUGGUCAGUUAGAUCUGCGCUUGCCAUGCUCGACUUCUUCACCUGGACGGCGUCGGCCUCCUCUCCUCCUCCCACGCAAGAGGACGAAGGCAACGGGAAGCCAUGGAUUGGAUCCCACGCCUCAGCAGCAAGACGGAAGUGGAGGUCCCGGACGCCAGCAAAUGAGGCUUCGGAAGUGGAGGUCCCGGACGCCGGCGGAGGAGGAGGCGAUGCAGAUCAAACCGACCGAGGUCUCUCUGGAGGCAGGCAACCUGGCGGAGCACUCGGCGGAGCUCGACGACGACGGCCGCCCGCGCCGCACGGGCACGGUCCUCACGGCCAGCGCGCACAUCGUCACCUCCGUGAUCGGCUCCGGCGUGCUCUCGCUCCCCUGGGCGGUGGCGCAGCUCGGCUGGGCCGCGGGGCCCCGGUCCUGCUCGUCUUCGGCGGCGCCACGUACUACACCUCCACGCUGCUCGCCGAGUGCUACCGGACCGGCGGCAGCGGCAACGACCCCGCCGCCACGGGCGGCGGCCGUCGGAACUACUCGUACAUGGAGGCCGUCCGCGCCAUCCUCGGCGGCUGGAAGGUCACAUUCUGCGGCGUCAUCCAGUACGCCAACCUCGCCGCAGUCGCAGUCGGCUACACCAUCGCCGCGUCCAUCAGCAUGCAGGCCGUGUGGAAGGCCAACUGCUUCCACGGCCGGGGCCACCACGCCGACGCGUGCAGCCAGAGCUCCAGCGUGCCCUACAUGAUCGCGUUCGGGGCCACCCAGAUCGUCUUCUCGCAGAUCCCCGGCUUCCAUCAGAUCCAGUGGCUGUCCAUCGUCGCCUCCGUCAUGUCCUUCACCUACUCCGGCAUCGGGAUCGGCCUCGCCGUCGCACAGACCGUAGCCAACGGCGGGUUCGGAGGCACGCUCACGGGCGUCGCCGUCGGCGGCGCGGCGGGCGGCGUCACCGUCGCGCACAAGGCCUGGAGCACGAUGCAGGCGCUGGGCAACAUCGCCUUCGCCUACUCCUUCUCCAACGUGCUCAUCGAGAUCCAGGACACGAUCAAGGCGCCACCGCCGUCGGAGACGGCGGUCAUGAACAAGGCCACGGCGCUCAGCAUCGCCACGAUCACGGCGUUCUACGCGCUGUGCGGCUGCAUGGGGUACACCGCCUUCGGGAACGCCGCGCCGGACAACCUCCUCACGGGCUUCGGCUUCCACGAGCCCUUCUGGCUCGUCGACGUCGCCAACGCCGCCAUCGUCGUGCACCUCGUCGGCGCGUACCAGGUGUUCUGCCAGCCCAUCUACGCGUUCGUCGAGAGCCGGGCCGCCGCCGCGUGGCCCGAGAGCGCGUUCAUCUCCAAGGAGCUCCGCGUGGGGCCCUUCGCGCCCAGCGCGCUCCGGCUGGUGUGGCGCUCGGCGUUCGUGUGCCUCGCCACCGUGGUCGCCAUGGCGCUGCCAUUCUUCGGCAGCGUGGUGGGGCUCAUCGGCGCCUUCACGUUCUGGCCGCUCACCGUCUACUUCCCCGUCGAGAUGUACAUCAAGCAGCGCGCCGUGACGCGCGGCAGCACCGAGUGGAUCUGCCUCAAGGCCCUCGCCGCCGUGUGCCUCGUCGUGUCGGUCGUCGCCACAGCAGGGUCCAUCGCCAGCUUCGUGGGCGCGUUCAAGGUUUUUCGCCCAUUCAGUGGCUAA